UCUUCCCAGGGGCCCUUGUCCUGGGCCAUGGCCCUGAAAGCAGGCCUGGAGCCCAGGCAGCUGGAGGCUGUGGCCAUUCUGCUUUUGCUUGGAAUUUUCCAGUCAGAGCUAGGUGAGUGACUAUGUGCGGGCAAGGAUUGUGGGGAGGGGUGGUGAACAGGGCUCAGGGUAUAAACUCUUUUCUGGGGUGCAACCCUUAUCUUGGGCUCAAGAACACCGGGCUCCCUAGGCUCUUGGCCACUCCCUCUCCCUUCAGCUUUGGCGUCCUUAAGGGGGCCGGGGGCAGCUGUCCAAAGAAAUGGCAGGCACUAAGGAAUCUGAAGACUUCAGUCUCCCUGCUUACUCCUCCCUCUUUCUCUUGCCCUCCAGGAGCUGAUGGGGCCAGGGCAGAAGUCUCCUGCGGUGUGGCCUCCCAAGCACGCAUCACAGGUGGUAGCAGUGCAGCCCCAGGCCAGUGGCCCUGGCAGGUCAGCAUCAUCUAUGAUGGCAUCCACGUGUGUGGCGGUUCUCUCGUCUCUGAGCAGUGGGUGCUGUCGGCUGCUCACUGCUUCCCAAGGGAACACUACAAGGAAGAAUACGAGGUAAAGCUGGGGGCCCACCAGCUGGACGCUUACACCCCUGAGGCUGAGGUCCGCACCGUGGCACAGAUCAUCCUUCACACCAGCUACCGCCACGAGGGCUCCCAGGGUGACAUUGCACUCCUCCAUCUCAGCAGCCCCAUCACCUUCUCCCGCUAUAUCCGGCCCAUCUGCCUCCCUGCAGCCAAUGCCUCCUUCCCCAAUGGCCUCCAAUGUACUGUUACUGGAUGGGGCCAUGUGGCCCCUUCAGUGAGCCUCCAGGCCCCCAGGCCACUACAGCAACUUCAAGUACCACUGAUCAGUCGUGAAACAUGUAACUGCCUGUACAAUAUCGACGCCAAGCCCAGUGAGCCCCACUCUAUCCAGCAGGACAUGGUGUGUGCUGGCUACGUGAAGGGGGGCAUGGAUGCCUGCCAGGGUGACUCUGGGGGCCCACUCUCAUGCCCUGCUGGGGGCCUCUGGUACCUGGCGGGCAUUGUGAGCUGGGGUGAUGCCUGUGGGGCCCCCAACAGGCCGGGUGUGUACACUCUGACCUCCAGCUAUGCCUCCUGGAUUCACCGCCAUGUGGCAGAGCUCCAGCCUCGUGUGCUCCCUCAAUUCCAAGAGUCCCAGCCCGAUAUCAACCUCUGCAGCAAACAUCUGGCCUUCAACUCUGCCCUGGCCCAGGGUUUACUGGGGCCCAUCCUUCUGCUGCCACUAGCCCUGACCCUGGGCCUCCUCUACCCAUGGUGGGAGUACUGAGCUGCUGACCCUGCUUCCAGGACUGCCAUAUCACACCCAAGGACAGACAUCUGCAUUCCCAGGAAUGGACAUGACCCCUCCUUGCUACUCUUUGGGACUGAGGCCUGGCUUUAGUCACUCCUUCCUCCCAGGACCCUAUGGGAAUCCAGGGCACCAUCCUGACUUUUGAGCCCACUCUCCUGGGUUUGUUCUUUGGGACUACAACCCAUAGUCUAGAGUUUUACUGCCUAUGUACUGGCUAGAACUUCUGGCCAGCUGUUCCCCACAAGCCUAUUGGUUGGGCUCCUAUGGAGCCCCCAAGGACCCUUAGCUAAGAAAAUGGGCCCUGGCUCUUUUGUUUCUAGAAGACUGGGCAGCUUCCCAGCUGACUGCUGCUGAAGGGCUGGCUCCAGUGCCCCACCUGCUCCAUCUGAUAAGCCCCAUCACUUCACCCUCUUCUUGUCUUCUGGGCCACAGCUGCCUCUGGACAGCAUGUUUUCAAGGACAGAAAAGGCCUCAAUCUUGCCCCAUUGGUUGCCAUGCCCCGCUUGAACCCCAAC